AUGGGGGACAUCCCUAUUCCGUGGGGAGCCCAGGGGUCUGUGUGGGCCGGGCUGCAGCGGUGCCAGGACGAGGCGGAGGCCGUGGUGCAGCUCAUGCAGCAGAACCUGGGCAAGGCGCUGGAGCGCGAGGGCAAGCUCAGCGAGCUGGACGACCGCGCCACCGAGCUGCGCGCCAUGGGCCAGACGUUCACGCGGACGACCCGGGCGGCGGUGCAGAAGAGCCGGAACGGGCGGCGCCGCCGGCGCCUGCUGCUCGCCGUGGCGCUGCUCAUCGGCCUCGUCGUCCUCAUCCUCAUCGUGGCACUGGUGCUGGCCUCGUCGCGCACGCGCUGGCAGAGCGCGCGGCGCAGCGCGGGCUCCAGCGGGCUGCGGGCGCACACGCGCUGCGUCACCUCCUCGGCGCUGUCCGCCUGCCGGGGCGCCCGUCAGUGCCGCCCGCUGCCCCACGGCGGCCCCACGGCGGCCCCGCGGGCGCCCCGGCCGCUCACCUGGUGCACGACCACGGCCGUGACGCUCCCGUCGUCGCCCUCGUACUCGAGGCAGAAGAGCCGGGGCCCGCGGGCGUCCCCGCCGCCGGGGCUCCGCGAUGGCCCCCCUGCCGYCACCGCCGCCCUCAGCGGCGCCUCCGGCGGCCCCGUGCGUUACGGCCGCUUCGACCCCGAGGACCAGCGGAGCCGCCACUGCCCCUACYUGGACACCAUCAACAAGAGCGUGCUGGACUUCGACUUCGAGAAGCUCUGCUCCAUCUCGCUGUCGCACAUCAACGUCUACGCCUGCCUCGUGUGCGGAAAGUACUUCCAGGGCCGCGGGCUCAGGUCGCACGCCUACAUCCACAGCGUGCAGUGCAGCCACCACGUCUUCCUCAACCUGCACACGCUCAAGUUCUACUGCCUGCCCGACAACUACGAGAUCAUCGACUCGUCGCUCGAGGACAUCACGUACGUGCUGAAACCCACCUUCACCAAGCAGCAGAUCGCCAACCUGGACAAGCAGGCCAAGCUGUCGCGGGCGUACGAUGGCACCACGUACCUGCCGGGCAUCGUGGGGCUCAACAACAUCAAGGCCAACGACUACGCCAACGCCGUGCUGCAGGCCCUCUCCAACGUGCCGCCGCUGAGGAAUUACUUCCUGGAGGAGGACAACUACAGGGGCAUCAAGCGGCCGCCGGGGGACAUCAUGUUCCUGCUGGUGCAGCGCUUCGGGGAGCUCAUGCGCAAGCUCUGGAACCCGCGCAACUUCAAGGCGCACGUGUCGCCCCACGAGAUGCUGCAGGCCGUGGUGCUCUGCAGCAAGAAGAACUUCCAGAUCACCAAGCAGGGCGACGGGGUCGACUUUCUCUCCUGGUUCCUGAACGCGCUGCACUCGGCGCUGGGCAGCACCAAGAAGAAGAAGAAGACCAUCGUCACCGACGUCUUCCAGGGCUCCAUGCGCAUCUUCACCAAGAAGCUGCCGCACCCGGACCUGCCGGCCGAGGAGAAGGCGCAGCUGCUGCUCAACGCCGAGUACCAGGAGACCAUGGUGGAGUCCACGUUCAUGUACCUGACGCUGGACCUGCCCACGGCGCCGCUCUACAAGGACGAGAAGGAGCAGCUCAUCAUCCCGCAGGUGCCGCUCUUCAGCAUCCUCGCCAAGUUCAACGGCGUCACCGAGAAGGAGUACAAGACCUACAAGGAGAACUUCCUGAAGCGCUUCCAGCUCACCAGGCUGCCCCCCUACCUCAUCUUCUGCAUCAAGCGCUUCACCAAGAACAACUUCUUCGUGGAGAAGAACCCGACCAUCGUCAACUUCCCCAUCACCAACGUGGACCUGCGCGAGUACCUGUCGGAGGAGGUGCAGGCCGCGCACAGCCACACCACGUACGACCUCAUCGCCAACAUCGUGCACGACGGGAAGCCCUCCGAGGGCUCCUACCGCAUCCACGUGCUGCACCACGGCACCGGCAAGUGGUACGAGCUGCAGGACCUGCAGGUGACCGACAUCCUGCCGCAGAUGAUCACGCUCUCCGAGGCCUAUAUCCAGAUCUGGAAGCGGCGCGAGGAGGACGAGACCAACCAGCAGGGAGCCUGAGCUGGCCCCCGUGCCCGCCGGCCCCGUG